AGAUUGACAGAAUGAACGUAGAAGAAAAUACGGCUGUUACCUCCAGAUGUCAAGAAUGUUUGAGAUUUUUGAGAAGUUUUUUACCUGUGGACUACAAAAGUGAAAUUGUACAGUUGUGCUCUUUAGCUCUGCCUGUGUUUUUGUCCUGUCUUUCGGAUUAUUUAAUAAGUUUUGUAAGCACUGUGUUCUGUGGGCACCUGGGGAGAGUAGAGCUUGAUGGUGUGACUCUUGCCACAGCUGUCAUCAAUGUUAUGGGUAUUGGUAUCGGCCACGGCUUGGCCGCUGCUUGUGACACACUCAUUUCUCAGGCUUUUGGAGGGAAUAACUUCUAUCAAGUUGGUGUUAUAACACAGAGAGGAAUUCUAAUUCUUCUACUUGCUUGUUUGCCAUGCUGCGCCCUUCUUAUCAAUACAGAAUCAUUGUUACUGGUUAUGGGGCAAAGGCCAGAGGUUGUCAGGAUAGCUCAGCUCUAUGUGAAUAUUUUUUUGCCUGGUCUUCCGGCUUCAUUUAUGUACAUUAUUGAAGUAAAAUAUCUACAGAAUCAGGGAAUAAUUUGGCCCCUGGUCAUUACUGGAGUGCUGGCAAAUGUCCUAAAUGCUUUAAUCAACUAUAUUCUCCUGUUUGUCCUGGAUGUUGGUGUUGCUGGAUCAGCAGUUGCCAACACCAUCUCACAGUACGCUUUGGCAAUCCUGCUGUUUGUCUAUGUCAGAUGGAAAGGUCUCCAUAAGGACACUUGGGCAGGUUGGUCGAUGGACUGUUUGCAGGACUGGAAAUCAUUCAUCCAUCUUGCCAUUCCAAGCAUGCUCAUGCUUUGUGCAGAGUGGUGGACCUAUGAGAUUGGAGGACUCCUGUCAGGGUUGAUUAGUGAAGUGGAGCUUGGAGCUCAGUCAGUUGUGUAUGGACUGGCAACUAUUGCAUUCAUGUUUCCUUUAGGCUUUAGUGUAGCAGGCAGUGUGAGAGUGGGGAUCGCCAUGGGAGCUGGAAAUGUUGCCCAAGCCAAGCUCUCUGCCAAACUCUCGAUGGUUUGUGCAGUGUCUGUUGGCAUGCUUUUGGCUACUGUUAUUGGUUCUGCAAAGAAUGUCAUUGCUUAUAUCUUCACAAAUGAUAAAGACAUUAGAAUGAGGGUUGCCACGGUAAUGGUUUUGUAUGCACCUUUCCAUCUUCUUGAUACAGCUGCAGCAGCAAGUGGCAGUAUAGUGAGAGGUUUAGGCAAGCAAAAGAUUGGAGCAGUCUGCAACUUUGUGGGAUACUAUGGUGUUGGUUUUCCUAUUGGAAUAACCUUAAUGUUUGCCACUAAACUGGGAAUUGUUGGUCUGUGGACAGGCCUGUUAAUUUCUGUCUUACUACAGUCAGUCUUCCUCAUUGUUCUCCUUUUCAAACUUAACUGGGAGAAAGCUUCUGAAGAGGCACAGAUCAGAGCUGGUGUGCAGACAAGAUGGGUAGAUAAUGGUGCACAAGAAGAUGGUGGAUAUGUUGAGAGUGAUGAUCAGGACAUUGCUGCAGAUAUGGAUGGGCUGGUAGUGGAGCAGCCCAGUGUGGAACUCACUUCACUGAGGGCAACACUGCCAUUCAGGGCCUUAGUGCUGCGUCGGGGUCUGGCUCUUGCAGCUAUGCUUACUCUACUGGCUGCUGGUCUCAUCACUAAUGUGUUGCUGAACAGCUAAGAUCAUAAUAGUACAACAAGAUUGUAGUACUCAAACUCAGUACCUGGGAAAAGCUGGAGGGCCUUUAAGCAGGCAGAGAGAAAUCCUCCAACUCAGUAGUUGGAAGUCUCUAGUGUGGUCCAGUAAAAGUGCACCACUGAAUGUACAAAGCCUUUUAAUUAGGGCUGUGAAUUGAU